ACCAACGUGUCCUAGCCUUCUACUCCGCCUAGUCGUCGCUACACCGCACAGCGACGCACAGCCGUCGGCCACAGCGACCGCUGCGUCUCCGACCCCCCGCGCGCCCUAUGCCGGAGAAGCCUCCGCCGCCCCGGCGCCGCCCGACGGCGGCGGCGGCGGGGAGCUGGGUCCGGUCCCUCCAUUGCAAGUCCAUGGCGGCCGACGACGUGGCCGCCAGGGUCGCGGCGGCGGCGCCCAAGAGGCUCCACCCGCUCCUCCCGCGCGCCGGGUGCGGGAGCUCCGGGGACGCGCUCAGCCACGUUGCCUCGUCGAAGCACGCCGGCGGGGCGAGGCCGAAGCCGGGGUCGGGGUCGUCGAAGCCGAGUGCCGAGCCGGGCAAGAAGACGAAGACGAAGCCGGCCUCUGUCGUGCCGCCGUCGCCGCCCCCGGGCCCCCUCGGCCCCGUCCCGGCGCUGACCGAGCUCCCCGCGGGGCACUCGUCGCGGCAGGUGGUGGAGAUCAUCUUCCUCUCCUCGUGGUCGUCUCCGCUUCCGUUUUCGGUUCCGCAGCCGCCGCCGAAUCAGCCAGGCCCGGGAGCGCCCACCACCAGCGGCGGCGGCGCGUUCCCGGGCGUGGUGGAGAUGCUGUUCCGCGUGCACAACCCGGCGCGCGCCGUGGCGCGCUUCGAGGACUACCGCGCCGCGGUGCGCGCCCGGGCCGGCGGGGCCGCCCGCAGCGCCGCCGACGGCAACGAGAUGAUGCGCUUCUCCCCGGCGCCGCCGUACGGGUCCUCGCCCGCCGCCGCGACCGGCGGCGGGGACGCCCCGCGCAUCCGGACCUUCGACGGCAGCGGCGGCGCGCACGCCAGCCGGCGCGGCGGGCCCGCGGCCGGGCGGCGAGCCAUGUUCCUGUGCAGGGUCAUCGCGGGCCGCGUGGCGGAGCCCGGGGCGGGCCCCGCGCCGAGGGAGCACUACGACUCCGCCCGGGUCGGCGGCAAGGGCGGAGAGCUGGUGGUGUUCGACCGCCGCGCCGUGCUCCCGUGCUUCCUCAUCAUCUACAGGCUGUAAAAAAAAGACAAAAACCAUCAAUGUCCAUUAACCCUUUCUGCUAAUUUUCCCCCCGUCACCUGUGGGUUAGUCGAUCAAUCAACUGCAUAGGUCUGGUAAUCUCA